AUGGGCGCGCUCUUUACGAAGAACGAGUUUCCCGUCGAAGGCCGAACCGUGCUCAUCACUGGUGGUUCGAAAGGUCUCGGGCUCGCAGCAGCGCAGCAGCUAGCGGCCAAAGGAGCCAACCUGGUCAUUGUGGCACGUGGCCAAGAAAGCUUAGCUACUGCCCUUAAGAGCAUCACCGAAAGCGCCCGCAACCCAGAAACUCAACGUUUCCACUCCAUUCAAGCAAGUGUAACAACCGCGGAAGCAUGCUCGCGCGUUAUCACAGAAGCAACAGAGUGGAAUGAUGGCCAGCCUCCCGACAUUGUCUGGUGCUGCAGCGGAAGCGCACAUCCCACGCUCUUCGCCGACACGCCAGUUGAGCAGUUCCAGACCAUGAUGGACAGCAACUACUUCUCGUGCGUGUACAUGGCACACGCUACUCUGAACGCAUGGCUGCGACCUACAACCAAACCUGCGAGCAAUGUGGAAACAGACGCAAAGAACGCACCAAUGCCAGCACGCCAUAUCAUCUUCACAGGUUCCUUUGUGUCCUUCUACUCGUUCGCUGGCUUCACCCCAUACGCACCUAGCAAAGCAGCCAUCCGUUCUCUGUCAGAUUCGCUCUCUCAAGAGAUGAACCUCUACGCGACAUCGCGCCCGGAAUUACCACGGAUGCGCAUCCAUACAGUGUUUCCUGCGACUAUGCAUACGCAGUCCUGCGCUGACGAAGAUGCCGUGAAGUCCGAUCUAACCAAGUCGCUCGAGGAGGGCGAUCAAAUUCUGGAGCCGGAAGAAUGUGCACGGAGAGCUAUCAGUGGGUUGGAAGGUGGCGAGGAGCUGGUGGCUACGAGCUUGAUCAUCAGAGCGGUGAUGGCGAGUGUAUUGGGAGGUGCUGUUAGAGGAGGAUUCUGGAGAGGGCUGGCGAAUACGGUGCUAGGGUGGAUUACUGCGGUGGUAAUGGUGUUCAUCCGGUGGGAGAUGGAUACCAAAGUGAGGAAAUGGGGAAGGGAACAUGGUUCAAGCGGAUAUCGGAAGAAGGAAUGA